GCAAAUUCCAGCACGAACAGAAGUGAAUUGACGAUGUUUUCAAGAAAAUUGGUUAGGCUAUUCAUAAAGGGUUAGCGGCUUUGCGGCGCAGCUUGUUGCUGGUUGAAUGAAUUGAUUGUUACUUAAAAGGAAAAAAAUAGGAAUUGGAAAUAGAAAUAAAGGUUAAAUUGUGAAUUUUGAGCAAUGGAGAAUUUGACUGAACCAUCAUCAUCGAUAAGUUUUAGUUCUUCUAAUGGCUCAACUGGCUACACUUUAACCGAAUCAUCUGUCUCGGAGAAAGUAUCUAGUCUUCAAGUUGUGAGUUUAUAUAAGCUUAGUGCUAGCUUAGAGCAACUUUUGAUUGAUAGUGUUGGUGAGUAUAGUGAUGCGGAUAUUGUAGUUGAAGAUAUUGCUGUAGGAGUCCACCGUUGUAUAUUAGCUGCUAGGAGUAAAUUUUUCGAUGCACUUUUUAAGAAAGAGAAGAAGGGUGGUUCUGCGGGGAAGGGAAGUAGACCGAGAUAUUGUAUGAGUGAUAUGUUGCCAUUUGGUAAUGUUGGAUAUGAGGCCUUCUUAAUUGUCUUGAGUUAUUUGUAUACCGGAAAGCUGAAGCCUUCUCCAGCGGAGGUGUCAACUUGUGUUGAUGAUGGAUGUGCUCAUGAUGCCUGUCGACCUGCUAUUAACUUCUCCGUGGAAUUGAUGUAUGCAUCUGCCAUAUUUGAGGUCCCGGAGCUGAUUUCACUUUUCCAGCGGCGUCUUUUCAACUUUGUGGAAAAGGCUCAUGUUGAAGAUGUCAUCCCAAUCAUCCUUGCCGCUUUCCACUGUCAAUUAACUCAGCUUCUCGAUCAAUGUAUUCAUAGAGUCGCACGAUCAGAUCUCGACAGCAUUUCUCUUGAGAAGGAAUUCCCGUUUGAAGUUGCAGAGAGAAUUAAGUUGCUCCGUGAUAAAUUACAGGGUGUUAAGUUACAGGCAGAUGAUAGUGCCAUGAUACCCGAGGAUCCGUUGCGUGAAAAGAGUACAAGGAGAAUACACAAGGCUUUGGACUCUGAUGAUGUUGAACUUGUAAAACUUCUUCUGACCGAGUCUAAUAUAAGUUUAGAUGAAGCCAAUGCCCUGCAUUAUGCUGCUGCAUACUGUGAUCCAAAAGUUGUAUCUCAGUUGCUUAGUCUGGAUCUGGCUGAUGUCAACCUUCGAAAUGCACGGGGCUACACAGUUCUCCAUGUUGCUGCAUUACGUAAGGAACCAUCAAUAAUUGUACCACUUCUAAGCAGAGGAGCUUGUGCCUUAGAAACAACACUAGAUGGACGGAGUGCUGUCAGUAUCUGCAAGAGGCUGACAAGGCCAAAGGAUUUUCAUGCUAAAACAGAAAAAGGCCAAAAAUCAAACAAAGACAGAUUAUGCAUUAAUGUUUUAGAGCAAGAGGUGCACAGGAAUCCAAUGGCUGGAAAUUCAUCAAGGUCCUCUUCAAACAUAACUGAUGAUCUGCACUUGAAGCUUUUAUGCCUUGAAAACAGAGUGGCAUUUGCACGGUUACUUUUUCCGUACGAGGCCCAGCUAGCCAUGGAAAAUGCCAGCGCAGACACAACGUCUGAGUUCUCUAGCAUUUUGGAAUCCAAAGUUUCAAGUGGCAAUUUAAGAGAGGUAGAUCUGAAUGAGACACCCAUAGCACAGAACAAAAGACUUCUCUCAAGGAUGGAAGCCCUCUCGAAAACAGUUGAGACAGGUCGGCGGUAUUUCCCACAUUGCUCGGAAAUCUUGGAUAACUUUAUGGUGGAUGAUCUACCUGAUUCGUUCUACCUUGAAGAGGGCAGUGCAGAAGAACAGGAAUUCAGAAGAAAGCGUUUUAUCGAGCUUAAAGAGGAUGUUCAAAAAGCAUUUACCAAGGACAAAGCUGAGUUAGAGAGGGUUGGCUUGGGCUCUUCACUAUCCACAUCCUCUAAUAAGAAGAGACGUAAAUUUCAAAGUUGAAAAUUUUAUAUAUGUAUCCAAGUUAAAAAUUUUAUAUAUGUAUCCGAAUUUUGUCAUUCCUGACAUACUGUGUAUAAACUGAGUCAUCUACAUGAAAAUUCAGAUGUAAGAUUGGCAACUUUAGUAUGUUUGACAAAAUGCUUCCCUUGA